AUGAAGACCUUAUACUUACUUUCUCUACUUACUUUGGCUGGUUAUGCUCAAAAGAAAUGUCAGAAAUGUACUUUGAAGUUCGAAUGUUGGUCUGGGAAUGAUGGCAUAGACGAUGGGAUAAUACAGUACAAUGAAAUGGACAAGUUGGAUGGGUGUGCCAGGGCUAAAAUUAGUUGUAAAGGACCUACAAAGAAUACUGUAACGUUGUUGAAGGUUGGAGAGGUAGGCUGGUAUUAAUUGUGGGUUAUGUUGUUGUAGGUAUUGUUAAAGGAAAGAAGAAAUAUGAUUUUCAGUAAUACUUUGGUCAAAUAUAUACAUUUACAGUACAUAUCGUUGUCAGAAGUGGAGAUCGUUUGUAACGAAGACGAGAAGUGGGCUCCAUAUAAUGCUGAAUCUGUAUCUUGUGGAGGUAACUUCAAUUUUAAUAUUUUGUCGUACAUUGUACUGAAAUAUAUGGCUGUAAAUACAUUUUGUGACAAAAUAAUACUCAUAAAAGUAAUUUUAGUAUCUGGGCUAGCUCCAUCAGGGCCACCCUUAGCUGCAACGUGCUUGAGUGUGUCAGAAGUUGUGUUUGAUGGUGAAGAUACUGGCAAUGAAGAGAUUGGGCAGGUGUCUGAAGACUGUCGCAAAUGUCCUACUGACGUACAAUGUUAUGGCGAUGAUGUGUUUGAGAAUGGCAUUAUCGAAUGGAGUAUCGCGAAGGGAGAGGACGGAUGUGCCGUGCUUGAUGCUGAAUGCGGUUUCGGAGAGCACGAGAGGAAACCUACUGAUGUCGCUCAACUUUUUGUUGGAAAUGUAAUGUUUUAAUAGUUAUAUAUGAUUGUUGUAUGAUUUAGUAGGAUUUAUUUACUUUUUUGACGUUUAGGUAUGCUAUAGUAAUUUAUUAUACUUUACAGUACUCAUUUGACAAAAAAGUGAGGUUGAAAUGUGGCGACAACGGGGCUUGGGUACCUUCGGAAAACAAUGUCAUCAAAUGUGGAGGUCAGUUACCUUUGUUAUAUUAUAGUAUAGAUAGUUUUAUGUGAAACAGUAAUAUAGUUACAUAUAUAAUAUCUGGUUGAUUUUUACGUUUUAGUGUUCAGAAGUGAUGGCACGCUGCCUUCUGACAUUCCAGAACGAGCUACUUGUAAACAACCAAAGCCGAAUUUAGUACCAGGGUACGAAAGUUUGUUAGAUACGACAACUACUACAACAACAACCACGACUACUACUACGACAACCACAAGUGCAAGAACAACUACGGCCACUACAACAGAAGCCGCGACCACGAAGCAAAUGAAGAGGAUUACAUUACCUAAACCAUCUUGUUGUGGGGCGUGGUCGGAGUGGGAGGAGGUGACUCGAUGUGCUGACACUUGUGGCAGUUGUGGGGUACAACGAGUACGACGAAGGUGUCUUUCUAAGGACUGCGAGUGUCAAGGAGAAUCAGAUGAGGUGCGACAUUGUAAUCGACAGCCGUGCAGAAUCUCUAGAACGUCGUGCUGCUCACCGUACCGACCUCAAGUUGAAGGAAGCGACAUUCUUUGUGGGAAUCAGGUAUGACAUUUGAAUUCUUGCUACGUCGUGCUUCUGUAGGUUACUGUAUGAAUAAGUUAAAGAUGAAAAUAUUUAUAUAUUAUUUUAUAUAGAAUAUGUUAUUGUUUAUUUACUUACAAGUAUAUGAAAUUACUGUUCAUAUUAUAUGUAUUAGCCUUUAUUAUGUUAUAAUAACUUACUUUGUAGGAUACGUUACUAUCAUACGCAAGCUAUCAAUGUGAUAAGGGUCAUUGCUGUCCUGAUAAGGGAAUUUGGGGAGAAUGGCAGCCGUUUGGUACUUGUUCUAUCUCUUGUGGUGGGUUUGGUACCUCGAGAAGGAAACGAACUUGCUUAUCACAAGCAAUUCUUGGCUGUAAAUGCGAGUAAGUUCACUUUGCGAUUAUUACAGUAUUUUACUGUAAAUGUAAGUAUAAUGCUGUAUAUUAUGCCAUAGACUAAAUAUCUCUAUGUUUAUCUAAGAAAGAAAUUGGUUUUUACAGAAAUUAGGUGAUUUUAAUUGCUAUAUGUUGUUUUAGAGGUCCAGAUCACGAUGUAGGGCCAUGCAAUCUGACUCCUUGUAAUAAGAAAGGCUGGGCCAAGUGUCGCAGUGGUCUGUUGCCAAUCAGAAGAGGUUACGGUAGACAAUGUGGAGAGUUGUUUUCGAAGAAAGAAGUUACUGAUUGUUGUCCUGAAGGUAAGGUUUAUUUAAUGUCAACUAAAAGCAGAUACUCGUUAUUUUUUUAAACUCUAUAUAUACAGUAUAUAUUGUACAGUCAUAUGUUCUACUCUUUUUAAGGAGGUAUCUGGGACGAAUGGUCUGAAUGGAGUCAUUGUUCUACGCCAUGUGGAGGAUGUUCUACAUCAAGAAGAUGGAGGUUAUGUGCUUCUGCUAAGGUUGGGUGUUCGUGCACGUGAGUAUUACUAGAAACCGUCAAAUAUAUGUUCUUUAAUAUAUACAUAUUGAACUAUUUAGUUAACUUUUUGUAUAUAUACCUACUUUGCUUUAAAAUUUUAGUGGCUACGACAAAGAAGAAGAGCCUUGCAAUACCGUAACCUGCGAGCACGGUAAGCCUUACUGUUGUUCACCGUUACAAGUGGUGGUGUAUGCUGGCAACGCUCUGUGCUGGCUGAAGGAACGGGCUGUGCAUGAUACGAUACCAGCCAAACAUUACGCCGAAUUCUUUACUCUGACUACAGAAGAAUACAGUAAGAAUCUAGUAGUGAAAAGGAAUGUCGCCAAAAAUGGAAAAGGAAAGUGGAGCGAUUGGGAGGGACGCUGUACUGACGACUGUGGUUUGUGUGGUAAUCACAUACGAAAUAGAAAGUGUCUCGGGCCAGGAGAGUGCAGGUACGGUAGAAGUACUGUAGUAUUGAUUAUAGAGGUAUAAUUGUAUUGGGUAGCUAUUUUAUUGUACGAAUGUAUUAAGGGACUUUAUCAUAACUUAUACUCGAGACUUUAAAGACAUAUAAAAGCUAGAUCGUUUGUUAAUAUUAGAAGUCUAUUACUGUAUGUACAUUUCUAGCGGGAGUUACCGUGAAGAGCUACACGGUGUUUGUCCGAGAAUCGCUUGUAAAGCACCGAGGAAGCCGUGCUGUCAUGGUAAAGCAGUCAGAGUCAAAGGUGUUUUCUUAUGUGUACAAUAA